AGCCGAAGUUGGUUUUAAUGCACGUUUUGAACAGCUGAGGGCGUCAUAACCAGACGAGGUUAGAAAUAACAGCGAGACACGACAACGGCGAAAAACGUCCGUCAUACUUAAUUCUGCAUAGACCAAAAAUAAAUAAAUAAAUAAAUAGCGCAGACGAAAAACAAGAAUAAGGUCCUUUUUUUCCUCUCUGCUGAUGUUUAUGCAGUAGGCUAUGUUUACAGCAGAGCUGUUAUAAAUUUAGCCUACUCCUGCCCAUAUCGAGCUUCUAUUUGUACGGAAACCUUAAUGUGAUUUAUGGUAGUUUUUAAGGUAUGUUUUUUUAUGUAUGUUUAUUUUAUGUCUAGUUUUUUUAUGCGUGUUUUUUCUCCUUUCAGCACUGGAUAGCUCCUUCAGCCCUACAAACACGCCCUCUGUCAAAUAACUGACAGAAGAAAUGACCAAACACCAAUCAAGGGCACUUUCCCAAACCUAUAAGGUGAUGAAGAAGACGGGAUGUUUGUAGUGUUGAGAAGUCCGACUCAUAUCUCCGAAACGGUUCUUUCGACCAGCUUAGUUCAAUGCAGCCGAUUCCUAAGCCGUGGACUGGAUAAGUUAUCUGACCGAACAAGUCUGAUUUGCGAAUCGCUUCAAAUGCUUCGUUCAAAAGAACCGAUUCAAUGAAUGAUUCCUACGCGAAUCGGACAUGCACUUGGUGUUAUGGCAAAUUAUUUAUACCCUUCUCAUGCUUUAAGAAUGGAGUGGACGAAAGAGGGCGGAAUGUGUUUGUCAUCUAAGUGUGAAGUGCAGACCACCUGCCUCCGAUAAAUAGGAUCCCCCCCCCCCUUAUUCGAUCACGUCUGUUAUGGUCCAGCAUCAUAUUGUGAGGAGAGCGUCGGGGAUCCUGCACAUCUGCUGCGCUCCUGCAAGGAGAUAAGUCCGAGUCAGCAUCACUUACACAAACAACGCAAAUGAACCUGAGGGGAAAGGGAUUACCGAUGCAUUAAUUGUCUUCUGGACAGAUAUCGGGUAUCCGAAAUGCGGGAAAAUUCCACAGGUGAAAAUGCUGUGCUGAUUUGAUUCAUUCUAGCUGUGAUUUCUCGCAUCAGAAUUGGUGAUCUGAAGCUGGUAAGGUAAAAGAGCGGGACUGAAGGAUAUGGCCAUAUUCCGGAUAUCGUUACUCUUGCAAGUGGGAUUUGUUAUAGGAUCAAAUUAUAGAUAUGUGGAACAUGAUCGGGACCUAAAAGCAAAGCUGUCCAUUUCCAAUAAGAACAACAAUCAGCAAGCGCACCUCCGGAAACUCCAUUCGCGUUUAGCGCUGAAGAUUGAGGAACAGGUACCCAGUGAGGUGACUGCGUUUCUGCACACAGGGGAUUCCUCCACCUUAAAACACGCCAACUGCUCCAGGAGAUAUGAGCUGGUGGUGCUGCGGGGAAGGACUCGCGGAGACGCGCGUCACUCCAUGCGCAGCGUCCUGGACACGGUCCUUCACGCCACAAACUUCCUCAACAUGAUCCUACAAACGAACAAGUCCAGACAUCACAGCCCCAGACGCGAUAUGGAGUGGUACCACGCUCUGGUCCGGAGUAUCCUGGAGGGAGACAUCAAGAUCCAUCGAGCAGUUGUCACCUUGAGCACCGAGUCCCCUCCUGAAGGGACACCUGUUUACCUUCAGGCCACACGGGCAGGUGGAGAGAUCAUUCUCCAGGAUUUAUCCAGCACUGCCCACCAUAUAUUAAAAAUCAGAACGGCUGAUACAGAGUGGUACCACGAGCAUAAAAAUAAAAAGACGACCCGUCUCCAAAAACGAGUGCUGAGUCAAGAUUUUGCUUCUUUUGACGCGUCUGUGCGCAACGGAGAAAGUUAUAUUACCGAAAAAACUCAGAUUCACUGGUCAGUUCCGUAUCUGGAGUGUAAAAAUGGAAAUUUCGUUCCCAGAUGGCUCCUGACCCUGUCUGCCGGAUUCUAUGGCCUUACACACAACCGAAAUCCAGACUUCAGGGGUGUUGUUCGUGUGGACGUCAGCCUGCAGGAUGUGGAUAUUGAUCAGUGCUCUGCAGAUGGCUGGUUUGCAGAUGCCUGGCCUCACAGGUGCAACAUCACCUCUAUGAAUUGUUUGCCUAUCCCAGGUCAUGGAUUUGUGCUGGACAAGUAUAAAUGUCACUGCAAAAGAGGCUUUUAUCAUCCAAGCAGAGUUGCAGUCAGUGGCUUUAAAAGGAAAGUAAGUGGGAAGGGCACAGAGGGUUUGCCACAUCACAGGAAUGUUCCAGAAAGUUCCAGCCACUGUCUGCCCUGCCAAGAAGGCUGUGAUUUUUGCAAGGACGAUGUGCCUUGUGUGGACCGGGGUGACAGCACCCUGCGUAUGGUGGUGCUCUCCUUCCAGGGCUUGUGCAUGCUGGUGGAUUUCAUCAGUAUGGUGCUGCUCUACCAUUUCCGCAGGAACAAGAGUAUCAGAGCGUCAGGACUCAUUUUGCUAGAGGCCAUCUUAUUUGGAGCGAUCCUCCUGUACUUUCCGGUGGUGAUUCUAUACUUCCAGCCGAGUGUUUUCCGAUGUAUCCUGCUGCGGUGGGUUCGUCUGCUCGGAUUUGCCACAGUCUAUGGAACCGUCACCCUCAAACUCUAUAGGGUUCUCAAAGUGUUCCUGUCACGCACAGCUCAACGGAUCCCCUACAUGACCAGCUGGAGAGUGUUGCGUCUACUGUGUGUCAUUCUGCUGAUUGUGUUAUGGUUCGCAAUAGCCUGGACUGCCGCCGUUUGUCAGAAUCCAAACAGACAUCUCGCUCUCAUCAGUGUGGGCCUCACCACUGAUCGGCUACAGUUCAGCAUGUGUCUGCUGGACCGCUGGGACUACAUGAUUGCUGUGGCUGAGUUCCUGUUCCUCCUGUGGGGUGUCUAUCUGUGUUAUGCGGUGAGGACGGUCCCCUCAGCGUUUCAUGAGCCACGCUAUAUGGCCAUCGCAUUGCACAAUGAACUCAUCCUUUCUUCCAUUUUUCACAUUUUAAGGUUCACUCUUGCCUCUGAUCUGCACCCAGAUUGGAUGUUGAUGCUAUUCUUUGCUCAUACACACUUGACAGUGACUGUAACUUUGGGGUUACUGCUUGUGCCAAAGGUAAUCCCAGCAAUCAUCUUUCCUCUGAAUCAUUUAUUAACUAAUAUCAUUUUUUUUUUAAAUAUCUUAAGCACUUCUACUUUCCCACAGUUCUUGUUUGCGGGUACUCAUCUAAGGGAUGACAUUGCUACAGAGGCUUAUGAAGAUGAAUUGGACAUGGGGCGGUCAGGGUCAUACCUGAAUAGCAGCAUCACAUCAGCCUGGAGUGAGCACAGUCUGGAUCCAGAAGAUAUUCGGGAAGAGCUGAAGAAGCUCUUUUCCCAGCUGGAGAUUUAUAAGAGGAAAAAGAUGUUGGCCAACAAUCCUCACCUGCAGAAGAAGCGCAGCUCCAAAAAGGGCCUAGGUCGCUCCCUCAUGCGCCGCAUCACUGAGAUUCCAGAGACAAUGGGCCGCCAGUGUAGCCGUGAGGACAAGGACCUUAGUGAACAUGGGAGUAACCGCAGCAGCAUCUGUGUCCUGAGAAAGAACCCUUUUGAACCCACACACUCUGUUAAGCCUGCCAAAGAUGAAUCCUUGAAGAGCAAAGUCUUCUCCCUUAAAAAGUCCCAUAGCAGUUAUGACCAUGUUCGGGACCACAGUGAGGAUUCCAGCAGUUCAGUUACUGACAAGAUGGAAGUCGUAAACACAGAAGGCUCCCUUCUUGAAACCCUAAUGGGCAAGAAGCUGGUCAAAAAGUCCUGUGAGAAGAUUGAUGCAGCCCGUGAUUCAACAGAGUCAGUUCCCUUGGUGUGUAAGUCAGCCAGCGCUCACAACCUGACAGCUGAUAAAAAACCUAUUCAUCCUAGAACAUCCAUGCUGCAGAAAUCUCUAAGCGUUAUUGCCAGUGCCAAAGAGAAAACACUUGGUCUAACAGGAAAGGUCCAAGCAGUGGAGGAUUCAACAAAGAAAGCUAAUCAAAAGAACAAGGAUGCCAAUACCUCAGCUGAAGCUGAAGGAAAAGAGGGUUAUCCAAAGAUGAUUGUCAGUCAGUCGGUGGAGUACAAGCAGACAGCUGUCAAAACGGGUAUAAUGAAGCCACAGAUUACUGGAAGCCAACCCUCCAUUUGCACAGAAACAUCCAAGGGGAAAGACAUGUAUGACCUCUCAGAGGUGUGCCCUUGGGAAGUGGACGACUUGCCCACUCCCUCUGAAAACAAGGUCCAGAAACACGUGUCUAUUGCCCCAGAACAGACCACCACAGUCCAUGGAAGUAGUAACAAGGCGACAAAGUCACAACAGCAAAAGCAUAAAGGCACAGAGCAGUCAACCUCUGUGGCCAGACAUCCAAUUCAGAAAGUUUCUGACAGAACAGACAUAUGUCCAUGGGAGGAAGGAAAUGAGGACCAUGGUCAGGAAAUGGGGCCAAAACCUCACUCCAGUAGUAAACUUGCCACGUCCCAACCCCAGACAUCCGGAGAGGUUGUCACGGUUUUAAAAGCUGAGGUCUGUCCAUGGGACUUUGAGGAAGUGGCGGGCAAGCCAAAGAACUCGGAUUGCUCCCCUGAUCAGAGCAGGCCAAGAAAGGACACCACACCAACUGAGAUCAAAGGGAAAAUAAGCUCAUUGCCUACUGAAGUUAAGGGUAAGGGUACAACACCUACAGAGGGCAAAGCAAAGGGUGUUCUCUCCGAGCCUACUAAAUCCAAGGGUAGCUCACUUCAGCUGCUCUCUAAAGCAGAAGUGUGUCCAUGGGACUUUGAGACUGUGUCAGCUUCCAUCUCUGAACAAAACCCUUGUUCUCAGGUUUCUAAAACAAAGGAGACCCAUGCUAAAAAGAAGGGAAUUUCUCCUGUCAGAAAAUCAGAGAUGGAAAGAGAUAAUGCAAAGGGUCCUGAUUAUGACAAAUUUAAAUCAAACGCAAAAGACAAGUUAACCUCUGGCAAAACAAAAGAAAUACCUGCCAUCCAGUCUAAACUGGCUGAGAUUUGUCCAUGGGAUGUUGAUAGUAGUCAGGAAAUUGUCUUAAUAGAAAAACAAAAAAGCCCAAAUGUUGCAUUAGCAAAACGCAAGCAAGCAGAGGCAUGCCCUUGCGAUUUUGAUGCAACUAGUAAAGAAGUCAACUGGAGCACCAGCUCAUCCACUGGCAAACAGAAAAGUUUGAAUUCCAAAGGCAGAGUUACUAGUGGUGUUAAAAUGUCAGAUGUCUGCCCAUGGGACUUUGAUGAACAAGAAUCAACAAAAAAGGCAUGACACUUUACCUGAGUGAGCCGUUAGUUAGUCCUCAUUAUAUGUGCUUUUUCUUUCAUAAAUACACCAUAGAAUAAAAUCUUAUUUAUGGUGAUUUGGAGGAAAAAACUAAUCUACAUGUCACACAAGCUGCCUUUCUCUUCAUUCUUGUGUUUUCCCUUUGUGUGUUUUUAAUAAAAAAAAAUAAUAAUAAUUGGUAAUAACUCACCAGGCAUUCCAGAUUUUAAAGUAUUGGUUGAACCUUUAAAUAGAAAUGUAGUUUACAAUUAUGCAACUCUUUAUGUGCAAUGUAAACAAGAUGCCUAUACAGACUACGUUUAUCCUCCUUAACAUUUGAAGUUUCAUAACAGCUGCAUCUGUAGCCUCUCCUUGACUGUGACUUCUACAAAAUAUUGUACAAAUACCUGUUACAUAGUAAGGUGUGGAAAAUGCAUGAAGUGUCAUGGAGUAAGUCUGAUCCAUUUCCUUUUUUUCUCCAUCUCCAUCCAUUUUCUUUUUUGCCAAAGAUAGAGGUAAAAUCCAAUAAAUCUAAGAAAUCAAACCUCAACAGCAUAAUAUAAUUCAUGUGGCUGCUAGAAAAUUAGCCUGUAGCACUUUAAUAAAGAACAAACUUAAAAAGCCAGACGUAUACUGGACAGAGUUCCAUUCAUAUUUGCCCUUGUUUGUUUUUUUUUGGCCUUGCAGUUUUGCAGUGAGAUCAUAUGUGAACAUCUGCAACACUUUUCUUGUUUUCUUGACUAGAAACAAAAAACUAAAAAAUUAAUAAAAAUACAUUCCCAAUGCUUCCAACUUUGCUGAUAUAUUAUCCUGAAUGUGCCUAUUUAAAUAGUCUUGUACCAGUCUUACUUUGAAUUGGGAGAUGUGAAAACUUUGUCAUAGCCCAUGUUACAAAUACUUACUGAAAAACUUGAUGAAAAUCAGCAUCUUAUUUUUGAAAAGAAAUUAAGUUUAGUUUAUAUAUUAGUAAUGUUCCAAAAUUGUAAAUGCUUUUUGAAAGGGGAACGCUAUAAAAAAAUAAAUAAAAAAUAAUAAAUAAAUAAAUAAAUAAAUAAACAGUUCAUGUGACCAUAGAUUAUUCUCUUUUAGCGUAUGGCACAAUCAUUAAGGUUUCUGCCUGUAAUGUCUUUACAUUUUGUCUUUUACAAAUAGAACACUCAUGACCAGUGUUGGGUGCAACGCAUUACAAGUAACAGGAGUUAUGCAAUCAGAUUACUUUUUUCAACUAGUAAAGUAACACAUUA